AUGCGCAAGUAUUCUUUCCCUUUACUUUCCAUUUUUACUUACUUCUUCACCUCUUUAUUAACAAUUAUAACUGGUGCUACAUUUAUACUGCAGCAUGUAUCUGCACUAGAACAACAACCAACUUUGGAAUGCUUAACCGAUGGCUUGAGACUACAUUUUCAUCCCGAAAAGCCAUUUUAUGGUCAUAUUUAUGUAAAAGGCUUUUUCAUGAGUAGAAUUUGCCAUUUAGAUUAUACAAGAAAUCCACUUUACAGCCCUUUUUAUUUUCAUGUUUCAUAUCGAAGUUCUUGCAAUGUGCAACGUGAAAAACAGAAGAAACCACCAGGCAUAAAUUAUCAUGUGAUUGUCGUUGUGCAGCAUCAUUAUUUAUUUCUCACUCAAGCUGACAAAGCAUAUAGUGCUAAUUGCUUUUAUCAAGAAAGUUUUGGAAAUUUAGUCCAAAAUAUGGAAAUUAGUGGUCUGACACCAACAGGAUUAACAAGUGGCUUGUUGAUAAAUUGCGCUUAUGAUGUGCUAAAAAAUUCAAUCGACGGUGAAGCAGUAAAAUAUGCAAAUAUUGGUGAUCAACUGAUUCAUAAAUGGAGCUGUGCAUCAGAAGAAUAUGGUAUGUUAGUUCAUUCUUGUCUCGUUCAUGAGCCUGGUGGUACCACUUUCAAGCUAAUUAAUGAUCGAGGAUGCAUUACAGACCAUACUCUCAUGCAACCAUUAGUCUAUAAUGAAAAGCUUACUGUCGCAUACUCAACUGUACCAGCUUUCAAAUUUACAAAUCAGCCUAACAUACAAUUCUAUUGCAAAGUAACUCUUUGCUCAAAGCAUAAAAAUGGUUGUGAAGGCAUAACGCCACCUAACUGUAAAACAAUACCUGUCUCGAGCAUUGAAACAGUACCAGAUAUCUCAGAAGUACAGCCAAGUGCAAUGGUUCCAGAAAUUGAUGAGUUAUUUGGUCAAACGGCAGGUCAUAUGUUUAUUUCAUCUCUUGCACCAAAUAUCAAUGAAUUUGAACAAGGCACAAUAGACAAUGGUAAUUCAAGUGGAAAAGUUAUUGAGCCUAGUGGCUACACUAUUUCGGAUGAAAAUAAUCCAAAAAGUAAUCAUUCUGAAAAUAUUGCUGAUAUAAGCACGAUUACUGAUGUCACUGCAGUGCCAGAUCACGAACAAAUAGGUUACAAACGAAAACGCUCCUUUAAUCGAUCUAAUCAUACACCUUAUGAUCUACAACUUCCAAAAUAUUCUAAACAAAUGGCUAAGUCCAAUAAUAAUUACCUUCUCACACUGGAUGUUAAUGCUAAUCAGCUAACAGUAUUGGAACGUGAUGGCAUGAGUCAAGGGGUAGUACGUAUGGCAUGUAGGGUACCGCGAAAUGGAAUACUUUUACAAACUGCAAUCUUUAUUUUGCUAUUUGCACUGCUUUUAGGUGUCAUUUUUAUCCAAAAAAUUCAUUAUAAUAAACAUUUGAACAAAUGUGAUACUAUUUCAGAUUAA